CGUGCUAAGAAGAACGUGCCCAGCAACAAGUUGCUUUUUGUGCGAAGUUAAUCCACAAAGUUCGCGACGUAGGAGGUCCAGAACUACUUGACUGGAACCAAUUCGAAAGAUUUGGUCCGUCCAUCAUCAUGUGGUCUUUGUGUGCGUUGAAGCUUCGCACGCAGCCUAGUUAGCUUAGGUUAGCUUGCAAACAAAGAACAACGUGGUUCGACGCUUGAACAAGUUGGAGCUUCCUAAAGUGUGCAAAAUGCGUGCAAGAAGGACGCCAGCCGCACAGUUCGAGGCGGAACUUUGUGGCGCAAAAGCUCAGCGACGACAUCAACUCUCGACUGCUUGCAAAAUGCAAGUAAAAGUUGUUCUUCGCAGACAAGCAGGUUUCAGAAGAUAUCUUGUUGCUGAGCGGCACGAGCCAGAAUUUUCUGGCGAUAAAGAGGAUGUUGAGCUCUCCCAAAUCAAAGAGGAGGAGGAGGAGCCAGAGCCCUGUCCACAGAAGCAACUUCUAAUCAAAAAAGAGAAUGAAGAGCUGCCAUGCGUUAAAAAGGAGGAGGAGGAGCAUAUCACAAGUUUAAAUGGUGAGCCCUUGAAGAAUGAAGAUGGUCCAAGUGAGGCCGGCAGAGGGGCAGAGCCUCCAAGGGACUGCAGCAGCAGCUCAACAGAAGGAUUGCAAGCAGACAUUUUCAUCGCUCCAUCAAGCAGAAGUGGCACCACAUCACACUCACCUUACAAUGAUGAUGGUCAUAAAAAAUCUCACACUGACAACAAACUCUGCAAAUGCUCUCAGUGUGGGAAAACCUUUCUUACCAAGCAAACUUGUCAUGCGCAUAUGAGGAGGCACACUGUCGAAAAACCUUUUUCCUGCUCAGUUUGUGAUCAAAGAUUCGCUCAGAAGCAACACUUAAAACACAUAAGAACCCACAUUGGGAAAAAACCUUUUUCCUGCUUAGGUUGUGGUCAAAGAUUUAGUUGCAAGAGCAAAUUAAAAAGUCAUGAAAGAACCCACACUGGUGAAAAACCUUUUUCCUGCUCAGUUUGCGGUCAAGGAUUCUCUCGAAAGCAAAACUUACAAAGUCACAAAAGAACCCACACUGGCGAAAAACCUUUUUCCUGCUCAGUUUGUGGUCAAAGAUUCGCUCACAAACAAAACUUGAAAAAACACACAAGAACCCACACUGGCGAAAAACCUUUUUCCUGCUCAAUUUGCGGUCAAAGAUUUAGUUGCACGAGCAAAUUAAAAAGGCACGUAAGAACCCACACUGGCGAAAAACCUUUUUCCUGCUCAAUUUGUGGUCAAAGAUUUAGUUGCACGAGCAAAUUAAAAAGGCACGUAAGAACCCACACUGGCGAAAAACCUUUUUCCUGCUCAAUUUGCGGUCAAAGAUUUAGUUGCAAGAGCAAAUUAAAAAGUCAUGAAAGAACCCACACUGGCGAAAAACCUUUUUCCUGCUCAGUUUGUGUUCAAAGAUUUGCUCAAAGGGGAAAUCUAACAAAACACAUAAGUACCCACACUGGUGAAAAACCUUUUUCCUGCUCAGUUUGUGAUCAAAGAUUCCGCCAAAAGAGCAGCUUAAUACAACACACAAGAACCCACACUGGCGAAAAACCUUUUUCCUGCUCAGUUUGUGGUCAAAGAUUCGCUCAGAAGCAACACUUAAAAAGUCACGAAAGAACCCACACUGGCGAAAAACCUUUUUCCUGCUCAGUCUGUGAUGAAAGAUUUCGUCUAAAGGGAACUCUAACAAAACACAUAAGAACCCACACUGGCGAAAAACCUUUUUCCUGCUCAAUGUGUGGUCAAGGAUUCUCUCAAAAGCAAAACUUAAAAAGUCACGAAAGAACCCACACUGGCGAAAAACCUUUUUCCUGCUCAGUUUGUGGUCAAAGAUUCGCUCAGAAGCAACACUUGAAAGAACACACAAGAAUCCACACUGGCGAAAAACCUUUUUCCUGCUCAGUUUGUGAUCAAAGAUUCAGUCACAAGAGCACCUUAAAAAAACACACAGGAACUCACACUGGCGAAAAACCUUUUUCGCUCGGAAGGAUCGAAUGAAGAGACAAUUGUGUUUUGCUGUUAAAAGCAGCGGCAAAUGACUGUUUUGCCUGUCGUCCAUGCUGGCUUCAUCACAUUUUGGAUGCAGGUUAGGUUGGGGUUGGAGUUACGUUCGUAUUCGUGGUACACUUCAUUUUUGUGAUUGCAUUUUUGUUUGGACUUUGCCAUUUUGUGUUUUACUUUUUCUUGCCAUCAACGUAUUUCCCUUGGUUCUCUCACCGACUGGCAUUAUUUAUAUCAUAAUCUCCCCUUCAAACUACUUUUCACUGCUCACUUGACUUUCUUGUUUGAGCGGUAAUUGAAGUCCAUCCUAAUUGGUUUCACGUACUCAGUCCAUUUGGACCUUAUCAAGUGAAAUCUAUCAAUCUGCAACAUAAAUGAAAAUGACAGCUUCUCCAUGAUGUAAAUUUCAUGUACAAUAUCUAUCCAUUCCUCAAUAGUUGGUGAUUGUUUUUUGAGCCAUUUCCUGGUAAUAGCUUUCUUGGUGGCUGCUAAUAAAAUAUUCA